CGUGCUAGUUUCGCGCCAGCAUUUUCGCGGGGAGUGACAACUACACUGAUAUUCGUCGAGAAAUGAAACACUCCAAAUAAGAUAAUAUCGGUUAUACUUGCAGUAUAUUUGUGGAGUUCAUGGUAUACUUUUAUUUGAUCGUUUGUAUUCUAUCAGGAGUACUAAGCCCUAGGUGUGAGAGGAACCAGGAUGAUGGCUACGGUGCCCCUGACCAGCUCCAGUCUUCUCCCUCUGCUGGAAUCUCUGGAGGAUAUCACAGCCGGACAGCCGGAGCAGACAGACGCCUACCUCACCAUUGUCAAUCGUCUCAGUGGGGAUGAUGGAACACAGUUUCUCCCUGCCGUUAUAAAGAACUUUUCACGUUUGGGUAAAACUUUCCAGACCCAUAUCGCCAGUCAGAAUGCAGAGCUGAGCCAGGCUGCACUACAGGCCCUGGGGUUCUGUGUGUUCCAUGCCCACGUCGUCUCAGCUAUCCCAGCUAAUUUUGCAGAGGAGCUACUGUCAGCUCUUUCCUCUCUGGUGGUGAAGUCUACAGACAAGAACACAUGCACCAGAGCGUUAUGGGUCAUCUCCAAACAGAACUUCCCUCCAGAGGUGGUGGCCAAGAUGGUUCCAGAGAUUCUGAGGACCCUGGAGUGUGUACGGACUAGAGAAGACAUCCAGUCUGUUGUCAUGGAGCAUGAGUCGUUGAAUGUUAUCAUAAGGUUGCUGGACCAGGCCCCAGCCCAGAUGGGUGAGCGUGCAGUACAGUGGGCCAAGCUGGUCAUCCCUCUGGUGGUCCACUCAGCCUCUAAAGUGCGCCUGCGGGCGGCAGCAGCCCUGGAGAUGGGUCUGCCUCUACUAAUGGAGAAACAGAAAGAGGUGGCAGCCAUCAUAGAACCCAUCAUGUCCUCAAAACUCAUCCCAGAGCUCCAGAAACUGUUCUCUACGAAGAACGAGACCAAUGUUCUGAAACUCUGGCCGUUGUUUGUCAGGCUCCUAGGGAAGCUGCUCCAUAGAGGUGGUCCCUUCAUCAACUCCCUGCUUGGCCUGGAGGAACUGGGCUUCCGAAGCUCCUCCCCCAACAUCAAGAAGAUCGCCUUCAUCGCCUGGAAGAGCCUCAUAGACAACUUCUCCCUCAACCCAGAGAUCCUGUGCAGUGCCAAGCGGCUAAAGUUGCUGCUGCAGCCCCUCAGCUCCAUCCAGGUGAGGACUGAGGCCCUGCUGCUCACCAAGCUGGAGGUCUGGUGGUACCUGGUGGUCAAACUGGGACCCAACCUGCCUGCACACUUUGAACAGGUUGGUGUUCCUCUCCUCCAGUGCACCCUGGGCACUGACUCUGCCUUCCCAACUACUCCUGCCCGGAGCUCCAUUCAGAGCAGUGCUGUGGGGACCAGUACACAUAAAACUGGUGCCCCAGCCUUCUCCAGCCCUACGGUGAUGCCCCGUCUGAGCCUGAACUGCAGUGUGGUGGCGGGCCAGGCCUACCCCUCUAUACAGCUGCUGGGAUUAGAGAUGCUGCUGCACUACUUCAUGGGGUCAGAGGUCACCGCCGCCGCUGCCAAGAACCAACUGACGCUCAGCCUGGAACCUCUGGUUCACCCCUUCCUGUCCAGUCCCCCCUCCUUCACCAAGCACGGCUCUUUGCUUAUCUCCGCAGUCCGCGACAGCUUCAUCUGCAUCGGCAAUGACGCCCCAGAUGCCUUGCUUGCCCUUAUAUGGAGGAACCUUGUCAGUUUCGUAAUCACAACGAUUGAUGCUGCUGGCCAUAAGAAAGAGCGCCAGGGCUCUGAGCUCCUCCCCCUGUUGCUACAGGCUCUCCAGAGCAUCAUCUCCUCAGAGGCCCUCCCUGCACACAGGGCUCUGAGUCUGCUGGACAUGACGGUGAAGGGUAUCCCUCAAAGGAUACUGGGAUCUGCCUCUUACCAAGUGGGCAAAAUGGAUCUUUUGAACGGAACCCCGGCUCUGUUCCUGAUUCUCCUGUUCUACAACAGCAGUCUGGUGGGAGGGUUCGUAGACGAUGAGAGGUUUUUCCUGUGUUUAGAGACCCUAGUGAGCUGUGGUCUCUCAGGCCUCACGUCCCCUCUGGCAUUUGGGGAGGCGGUCCUGGGGGCGGUGGGGUGCAGCGCGGGGACUCUGGGGAAUAAGGAGCAGCUGUGGAGGAUGUGGAGCGUGGUGGUCAACCCACUGACUGUUACCAUCACACAGACCAAUGAGGUGAACCAAGGGGACGCUCUGGAGCACAACUUCAGUGCUGUUCACACUGCCCUGAUGUUCCCCAUCACACACCUGCUACCUGGCAACGCCCUGCCACAGGUGACCCAGAAGUCCAUGCUGGGUACGUGGUCCAGGCUGUAUAAGGUGUUUGCCUGCUGCUCUGCCCUGGUGGCCACGGCCGAGGAGAAUGUCUGCUGUGAGGAGCUGUGUGGCAAAAUGGCUGCCCUAUUGGACAGGAAGGCCCUGAGGGUUCCGUCAACGUUAGAUGCGGUUGCUAACAUCCUCCUGGUCAUCGUUGAGAGUUCUGACUUCUCUCCCUACACUCCACAGUUUCAACAGAAGAUGAAAUCUCCCCACACCCCUCUGGCCUGGGUGCGUAAGAAAAGCAAAGCCCUUGGGAACCUGUCUACCUUCCAGACCCUGCUGGUCCAGGCCCUGGAGGCCUUUAAUGCUGUUGAGGCUCCUGAGGUUGUCCCUGAGGGUACAGGCCUGGCCCUGGUCUCCAUCCUCUCUACCCUGUUCUCUAAUCUGGCCCUGGCUACAGCCAUCCAGGAGGCCCUGGCCUCUCUCACACAGCCCCUCACAGCCCUCUAUGAACAGCCUGGGAGGACUCCAAAUGAGCAGCCGAAAUCCACCUCAAGUCUUGGAGCAAAACUGGAGAAGCUCCUGGUUGAUGUGUUGGGCUGCCUGCAGACAUGUUCAGCCCUGGCCUAUGAUGAUGAGCUGCUGUCCCUGCUGUCCCCCCUGCUCUGUGUCCUGUUCCUCCACCGGCGAAAGCACAUCCGCUCCCUCGUCACACAGUUCUGGAACGCAACCUUCGCUAACGCUUUGGUCCUCGUCUACCCAGAAGAACUCAAGCCAGUGUUGAGCCAGGUGAAGCAGAACACUCCUAUCCUCUUACCUGGCUUUCAGUCUGUUGAAGUUCCAGAUGAGCUCAGUGGACAGUACUCGAGUGAGAGCUCUCAGCUGGAGACCAAGCUGAGUGGAGUGCAGAUGACUCCUGGGGUGAAGAGAGACUCUCUACUGGCGAGGGCUGGAGAGAUGAAGGACAGGAGCUCCAAGACAUCCAAGCCUGUCUCUAUGAAGCUCGACUUUGGCUCUCCCAAGCCGCCUCGUAGAGAAGAACUGGAGGAGCAGGCCUCUAUAGACUUUGUGUUCAUACCCCCCGAGACUAAGGAGAGAGUCCUCACCGAGCACCAGAAAGAGGUCAAGAGAACCAAAAGGGUUGACAUUCCUGCCAUGUACAACAACCUGGAUGCUUCCCUUGAUACCACGGUCUUCACCCAGUACACACAGAGUCAGGAGGAAUCACUGGACAAAUUGCCAGCAGAUGAGCAAGCCGAAAAUGCUGAAAAGGAUGAGGUUAAAGCGGAGGUUCCAGAAGAAAACAUGGAAAUGGGGGAGGACGUUGCUGACGACACCCAGGAAUAUAUCAGUCCAACCAAUGAGACAGCAGAAUCUGCAAAGGGAGAGGAGGAGCCUGCUGAUGAGUUACUUCCUGAGUCUGCAGACAUUUCCAUGGAGGAUGUCAAUGAAGACGUUUCAUUGAAGGAUGACUCUGCCAUGGAUACCAGAGAGGGCACCAACCCUGACGUCUCUGGCUGCUCUGACAUGGUCUCAGGGACGCCUCAGAAAACCAACAGUCGUCGCCAGUCUUUCAUCACUCUGGAGAAGUAUGCUGAGGGGAAGCCUGCUAGUCCUGCCAGCGUGGUGACGUUUACAGGCCCCCUCACCAGGACCGCUAACAGCCAGAAGCAGGAUGCUUCCUCUCCGGAACCACCGGCAGGUGCCGGCCAGGCGCAGGCGGCUUCCUCUCCGGAACCACCGGCAGGGGGCGGCCAGGCGCAGGCGGCUUCCCCUCCGGAACCACCGGCAGGGGGCGGCCAGGCGCAGGCGGCUUCCCCUCCGGAACACCGCAGGUCGGCAGCGCAGGCGGCUUCCCCUCCGGAACCACCGGCAGGUGCCGGCCAGGCGCAGGCGGCUUCCCCUCCGGAACCACCGGCAGGGGGCGGCCAGGCGGCUUCCUCUCCGGAACCACCGGCAGGGGCCGGCCAGGCUGCUUCCUCUCCGGAACCACCGGCAGGGGCUGACACGGACUCGCAGGAGACUGAACAAGCAAGAUUUAGAAGCUCCAAGAAUCAGUCUUCCAAAAAAGAGGGAGAGAAACCUGAACCUUCAGAAGACAAAAAGCAAUCUGAGGUUGAGAAACCAGCUGAGAAAAGAACAAGUGAAACCGACGAGGACGACGUCAUCCCAGACACCCAGACUCCGGUGGAAAUACUGAAGGAAGUUCUAGUUCCUGCAGUUGAAGAAGUAGUAAUGGUAAACAACAGUCAGAAAGAAGAGGAAUCUCAAGGUCUUCUGGAAGGUUCUCCCAGUUCCCAGGCCGAUCUGAGCCAAGGUGAACCAAGGCGGUCCGGACGGCGGAGGAGCAGGCCACUGAGACCAGGAGAAGAUGCAGAGGUAUGGGAAGAGAAAGACAAACGGAGGAAGUCUCAACCCAAAGAGGCAGAGUGUCAAACGGAUUCACCAAAGACUGCGCCCUCUCCUGCCAGUCAAGCAGAUGGUCAGUCACAGGGUAGAGCCAGUAGGAGAAGUAAGCUGGCUGUUGACGUGGAGGACCAUGGAAAAGACAAGCUGAGAAAAAUAAGUCACAAGGAGGAGAGCGAGUUGAGCCAAUCAAAUUCACAGGUGGCCACGCCUUCACCUGCUGCUGAUAUCAACAGCCAAUCACAGGGUAGCACGGUAUCAAGUAGAAGGAGCAGCAAAUCAGAGGAUCUGGUCAAAGACAAACAAAAGAGAGGUGUUGCAGAGGAGGAGCUCAGUCAAAGUGACUCUCAAACGGACACCCCCUCUGCCUCUGAUAAUGAUAGCCAAUCACAGAGUAGAUGUAGUCAGAGGAGUAAGUUGGCUGUGGAAGUGGAGGAUGAUUGCAAGCAGAAACUAAGGAGUAUUAGGGCUCAGAAGGUGGAGGAGAAGACAAGCCAAAUUGAUUCACAUGUAGCCACACCAUCUCAACAAGAGAGCCAGUCACGGGGUAGUGCAAGCUGGAAGAGCAAACCGCUCAGUGAUUUGGAGGAGGUUGACUUUGUAGAUGAGGUUGACAAGCAGGAUCCUACUGAGCACCAAAGUGAUUCUCAGAUUGCCACACCCUCUCCUGCUGAUCAAACAGGAGAUGGCCAAUCACAGGGUAGAUCUAGCAGGAGGAGUAAAUUGGUCACCGAGUCAGAAGAACAGGGUAAAGGCAAGCCAAAGAGGAGAGGCGGUACAGAGCUACUCAGCCAAAUUGACUCAAAGACUACACCUUCAACCAAACCUUCAGCCACUCCAACAGAUAGCCAGUCGCAGGGUAGAGCAAGCAGGAGAAGCAAGGUUCCCAUUGAAGUGGCUGAGUCUGAGGUCAAAAGAAGCCUGCAUUUGGCCACUGAUUCAGCAGCAACACCAGCGAUGAGCCACACUCAUUCUCUGGUCGCUCCUUCUGCCACCAGUCCAACAGACCGCCAGCUGAGGCCCAGGGGCAGAACCAGUAAAAGAAGCAAGAUGUUAAAGGAGCAGGUAAAAGCCAACAGCAGCCCUAACCCAACUCCUAACAUGGAGACUGAGAACUCACAGGUGGGAGAUACAGAAUCCUCACAGGGAAGUGGAAGGACUAAAAGGCGCAAUGCCUCCCAGGCCUUACUAGGCUCCAACGUGGAGAACUCUGAGUCGGAUGCUUCAGAACUCCGGGAGGAUGUCCAGAAAGGCCGGAAGCCCACGUUAGCUGGAGCGGUUCCAAGCCCACUGGCUACAGUUGGAUCAGCAGAGCCAGGGGCUGACCAAGAUAUCCCAAUGGAUAGUUCUGAAACUUCUCUAAAGUCAGACUCGCAAAAGUCAGACUCGCAAAACCCAUCAAAUAAGGCCUUAGAAGUCAAUAUUCCACAGGAUGUGGAGGAAGCCCUUAAAAUGGUCAACUCCCUUAAACCUGAAGUGGUAGUUCCAAGUCUUCCUGUGAUAACUCCGAUAGCUCUGGGGCAGAGGGAGACGGACAUGGGGGGUGUGGUUGAGGCAGUUGACCCCGUUGUGCCAGAGAAGGCUGAGAGUGAAAAUACUAAGCUUUCUUCUCAACAGACGGACUCUUCAGUAGAACCUGAUCUAGAACAUAAGAGCCAGGAUGCGUGUAUGUCUCGAUGGAAGAAGGAACGUGGACAUAAAUGGUCAAAAAGCAAAGCGAAUUUCAACACAGUUUCCUCUCAGGAGAGUGACCAUGGUGACCUAGAGUGUGACAGGCCAACACAGAUCCAAAGUAAGCUGCUCACUGACUCUGAGCAGGCCAAAUCUCCCACGCCUUCCACUGAAGGAAAUGCCAUCUCUGAAGAUGGACUAAACAAACUAUGUACCCCUCCCAUUGCCAAUGGCCUCCCCCCAGAUACUUCACCUACUGAGGCAACAGAGGAGAAACUGAGUCUUCAGGUCUCUGAGUCCUCAGGGAAGGUUUUAGAUGGGCUGAAGCCUGUGGCUGUCUCCAGUGAGGAGGUGACAGAGGAGCAGAUGGGAGUACACGAGGAGAACAGACAUCCAGAUUCUGCUACCAAUGUUCUAGAGGAGGACCAACUGGAAGAUGUUGGCAGGUCUAUUGGGGAAGCCCAGCCAGGGUGUUCCAAAGCCUUAGAUGAGGAGCAACGGGAGGAGCAGUACACAUCUAUCAAAGAAGGACAGCCAGAGGCUGACAGCACCUCUACUGGAACCAGAGAAACCCACACUGAGCCUCAGGCGGACAACGUUCAAGAUAUCACUCCUCUCCAAGAGAGGGCAAAAACUGACAAUGUAUCUGGCCUCGAGUGUGAAGAGGGUGAAGAAACCCAGAUGGACAAUAAUGACCUAGAUCUAUCUCCUUUAAACUCUUUUACCCUUGUGUCCUCUGACCUUCACGAAGCCCCAGUGCCUCUACAUCACCCAAGUACCUCUAAAGACAUGUUGUGCCAAGACUCCCCACCCAAGCAGAAGGAUGCUGUGAUGGGGCUGGAGGUGGGCCAUAGCCCCAGCAGUGGCAGGACCAGGGGGUUGUGGUCCCCCUUAGCUUCCCCCUCCACCUCUAUCCUGAAGAAGGGACAGAAAAGACCAAUAGAAGAGGAGAGUCCUUCGCCUUUCACCAAGUCUCGACGAGUAUCAUUUGCUGACCCAAUCCAACACCAGGAGCUGGCAGAUGACAUUGACCGUCGCAGCCCUGUCAUCCGAUCCAGCUCCCCAAGAAGCAAAACUACCAGCAGCAGCAUCCCUCAGGCCAAGUAUAUCACAACACCAACAAAGGGCCUACUGAUCCUCAGUCCACGCAAUCUCCGCAGCCCGGGGUACAAGAGCUCCAAGAAAUGCCUGAUCUCUGAGCUGGGCCAGGAGCCGAGGCCCAUCCCUAAAGACUGUGUGUACCCGGCCCUGGUCCACUGUUCUACCCCUGUGGAAGCAGUGCUGCCUCAGAUCACCUCCAACAUGUGGCCUCGUGGCUUUGGCCAGCUUGUGCGAGCCCGGAAUAUCAAAACUGUUGGAGACCUCAGUGCUCUCACACCAAGUGAAAUCAAGAACCUUCCCAUUCGUUCCCCAAAGAUUUCUAAUGUGAAGAAAGCACUUAAAAUAUACCAUGAACAGCAGCGGAAGGGCCGUAGUGAUGAGCUGAAGAGUUUUGAGGAGAUGGAGAAGAUGACAUCUGAGCUGGAGGAACCAACUGUUCCUCAGAACCAGGAAGAGGACAAGACUCCAGGAGAUGCUCUAGUCACAGAGUUGUUGGAUGAGCCAGUGUCCAAGGAGCAUCCAGAGGAGAGACCGGACCAGAGCAGGCCUGACCACCAGAAGACUGCUGAGGGGGGUCUGCUGUUGGAGGUGGAGUCUCUGGCGGCUCAUCUGACUGGGGAGGGAUUGAGCCACUGCUCCUCUGACCAGCUGGUUCAGAUCCAUGAUCAGCUGGGAGGCAUGAUGAGGACUGUGGUGGUGCAGCUGCAGAGCAGACUACUGGCUCAGAACAAAGACAGCGGACCCUGAUCCAAACACUAUACAGUCCCAGGGUUUGGAUUACAUCAUUUGGGAAUGCCCCACGUGAAGUCUCUUGAAGAUGCCUAUUGACAAUUGUGGGGGGCGGCACAUUGGGUGUUUGAAUUCUUACAGAGGUCUUGUUUAUGUGGGGGCCGGGGCCCCCCAGCCCCCAUGGACUUCAAACCCCAAUCAAGGUUUCCCCUCUCACACUCCGACUCUUAAGAUCUUUUUUUUAAGAGUUAACCAAGUACUACACCACAAGUCCACCAGGAUCUGUUUGGAUUGUGUUUUUAAACUCCUGUUUUCUUUGGCCUUUUUCCUUGUCCUCUCUGAUGGCGACAUUUUAUAAAUGCUAGUUCAGGCUAAAAAAGUAGUGGUGGCGAUUAGUUGUCAUGGCAACAGAGUGAAAGCGACGCAUUGUCUGAUUGGCUAUACCAGGAAGUGAUAUUUUAACGAUACAUUGUGGUCAGGAGGAUGGCACUUUUUACGUUAUGUAUUUAAAUAAAGGUUUGAAAGACGGAGGCUGUAUCACAGUGUUGUUCUUUGGAUGUAUGGGAAGUUGUAUACAGUAUGUGAGCAUAAGGCAAUGUACUUCUGUUCUGAAUUCAUGAUUUAAUGCCAGUACUGAGGCUGUCAUAGAUGUCCAGGCCACAACAUUACCUGCCUCCAGGGUAGGGUUUGUUUUGUCAAUAAAACAGCUCCCUAAAAAACUGA